UGAGAGUUAGAAAAAAUUAGGGAUUCUAAACCCCGGUGGGUGGGCUAUGGUACAUUACGAUGGGGCUUGGAGCCACAGUGAAGGUCGCCACUCUCUGAAACCCUAGAAACAUGAAGACUGUCUCCGGAAAGGUGGCAUCUUCCAAGCCAAUCUCUCUCUCCAAAGCUGCCAAAGUCCUCUCCAAGUUCGUAUCGGCCGAUACCGGCGCUUCGCCGGCGGUUUCUGCAUACCUUCGGCGCGCUUCGGACUCCUUCAACGAACUGGCUCUCCUUCACCGCGAGCUCAGAGCUUCACAAUCGUCGCACAAGCACAGGAAGCCUCGUUCCGAGCCCAAUGGGAGGAUCAUUGCGAAUCCGGAAGGGGCCAAAGAAAACUUUAGAGAUGAGCGACCUGCUCCAGAGGAGCAGAGCUACGGCAGAGAUUUUGACGGCACUGAAGAGACCGACGGUGCGAGAAGGAAGCAUAAGAAAAAUAAGAAGGAGAGAUUUGACGAUGUGGCCAUUGAUUCGCCUGAGGUUGAAGAGACAGUAGAUCGCGGAAGUGUGCAAGUAGUGGAGGAAAGGGGAAAGAAGGAGAGAAAGAAGAGGAAGAGUGGUGAGGUUCAGGACGGGGAGAUUGAAGAUUCGGCAGAGCGUCAUAGUAAGAAGCAAAGGAGGAAGUGAAGGCGAUGAUUAGGUGUGGGCGAUAUUGGAUUAUUGUUGCUGAUUAUUUUCUGUGGGUUAUUGAAAGACAUUCAGCUACAAGCAAUCCGAGCUCCCGUGUAGUUUUGGGUAAUUUUUUAUGAUAAUGUCCUCAAUGUAACGGUAAGGAUUUUUUUUUUUGAGAUCAAAAUUUGGCUGUGAUGAAUAUAAUCAUACUUUUCUAUUGAAGAAAA